GACACCGGUCCUACCCGUUUAUCUGUGAUGGCCGCCGCGCUGCAGAGAAGAUCGUUUACGAUUUUUAUUUAAGAAAAAAAAUGGUAAAGAACUCGAAAUAAUAACGUCAAAAAAAUUCGGCAAUAUCAAGAAAACAGGAUUCUUCGAAACUCCAACAAGUAUUCUCUUUCAGUGUGAAAUCGGUCAUUCGCUUUAAACCAUUUUGCACUAGUCAUUGCUGCUGACUCCAUAUAUAAGUCUCGCCAUUUUAAUCAUUUACAUACCCUCUCGCAAAUCUGGAAUCUGAUCUAGAAACAAUCAUCCUGGAACCCGGGAACAAUCGGGUAAAAUACGGGAUACCAAGUUGGAAAAUGAAUCACUCAAAAUCCGAUUCUUGUUUAUUAGAAAAUAAUGGAUCAGCAGAAAACGGAGGUGUUCUUAGAUUGAAUCGAAAUGAUGUACCUCGGAACGAGUGUCCAAGAAAUCGUGCAUCUUGGUUCUCAUUACUUAGUUUAUGGUGGUUGAAUGAUUUAUUUAAAAAGAGAAAAAAGAAGGCUCUACAAAUAAAAGAUAUAUACGAGGUUUUACCUUAUCAUUCUAGUCGAUAUUUACAUCAGAAGGUGAAAGGUCGUGUUAACGAAUAUGCUGUUAAGCAUGGCCGAUUUGCAUUUCUUCUUCGGUGUUUACUCUUAUUCCGGAGUAAUGUUCUCUUCCUUACAUGCAUGCUGUUUUCAUACGAGGUCACUAGAAUCAUCAUACCUAUCUUGUUGGGCAAGUUGCUCUCUUACUUCGAAGAUAAAGACAACCUUGAACAAUUUAAAGCUAUGGGAGUAACGGUUGGAUUUGCCGCCGCAAACUUGAUAUUCGUUACGUGUUCAACGUUUAUGUGGCAGGAGGCUAACGUUAUCGGAAUGCGUUUUCGCGUCGCCUUCACAGGCCUAAUCUACGAAAAGAUAUUGAAAUUAGGAAUUGAAAAACAGAGGGAUAUUACAUCAGGAAAAAUAAUAACUCUACUUUCGUCUGAUCUUGAAAAAUUUAAUGGUUAUGGUAUUGGUUAUAUCCCAUAUUGCAUUUUAGGUCCUUUAUCUUGUACUGUUGUUACAAUAAUUAUUGCCCAAGAUAUUGGAGUUUUCGCUGCCCUCUCUGUUCCUGCUGCUGGUAUGCUACUUCUAAUUCUGCCAGCUAUAGCUUCAACAUUUGAAGGAAAAUUGUGGAAAAAGACUGUACCCCUCACUGAUGCUCGAGUACAAUUAAUGAAUGAAAUUGUUACCGGAAUGAAAUUGAUCAAAAUGUAUGUUUGGGAGAAGCCAUUUAUGAAACUCAUUAAACAGAAACGUGGGGCUGAAAUGUUGAUGAAAAUGAAGGGAUAUCUGUUGAGAAGUUUUUCAAGAAGCUUUAGUCUCGUUGUGGUUAAGUGCAUGAUUUUAUCGGCUUUUUCAGUUGCUGUAUUAACGAGCUACUACGGGAAUUUAACUGUGGCCAUUCUUUUUAAAACCAUUGGUUUAAUCAAUGUGAUGCUUUGGGCUUUCGUUUCUAACACGACAAUAUCUGUAUUUUACAUUAACCAAUUGAUCCAGUGUAUUGGUCGCCUUCAGGCUUUUCUUAGAGAGGAUGAUGGUACUCUUAUUCAAGAACUUUCUAAUAGUGAAGCUGAUAAUAGCAAUAAAAGAAUCGAAGUUGCGGGAUUAAACGCAUUCUGGAUAAAGAGUGGAAAGUCGAACCACUCAAGCGAAAGUAACGGAGACAAGGAGACAGCUCCGUUAACUGCCUCCGCUGUCCCGCCAGGCGAUAAGCGUCAUGUUGCUUUGGAAAAUAUUUCAUUAGAUUUACUUGAUGGGCAAUUAGCCGGUGUUUGUGGUCGAAUCGGAUCUGGAAAAUCUACAUUAUUACAUGUUCUCCUGAGAGAAACUUCAUUUACAGCAAGAAUCUUUAGAACUCGAGGAACUAUCAGUUACGCUCCACAGGAAGCCUGGAUAUUUAACGAUUCUGUUCGAGAAAACAUUCUUUUUGGUGCAAAAUAUGACGAUAGGAAAUUUUGGAAAAUUGUACGAGUGUGUGCUUUAGAACAAGAUCUUGAGGAAAUGGCUAAUGGAGAAUGGACUCUUGUUGGUGAACGAGGUCUUAUGAUGAGUGGUGGGCAAAAAGCACGUAUUAAUUUAGCACGAGCACUGUAUAGAGAGGCCGACAUAUAUUUGUUAGAUGACCCUCUUAGUGCUGUGGACACAAAAGUCGGAAGACAUAUUUAUAACGAAUGUAUUAAAAAAUACCUUGACGAUAAAACUGUAGUAUUGGUAACUCAUCAAAGACAUUACUUGGAAAAUGUUGAUACUAUGCUUGUUCUUGAUAAUGGUCGAAUUACAUUUCAUGGAAAAUAUGAUAAACAAGUAGAAAGUUAUAUCGAAAAACCUGAACGAAAAGAAACAAUCCGUCCAGAUGAUAACGAUGUGGUCCUUCAAACUGAGGAAGAAAAAGAAGGUGGUAGUGUUAGCUGGAGAAUUUAUUAUCAAUAUAUUACGCACGGAUCGAGGAUACAAUUCGUUUUGGUCUACUUAUGCUUUGGUAUUGCUUUAUGGCUUCACAUUUAUACCGAUUGGAUUCUUGGAAGUUAUACGAAAACGUUAAAGGACAGAUCUGAAUCGAAUUUCGACUAUUCAGAUCACCAGGUCAUAAAGAAAGUUGGACUCUUCAUCUUAUUGAUAUUCUUCUUGGAUUUCGUUCGAAAUUUGCUAGGCAACUUAUUUAUUGUAAGGGCUUCUCAAAAUCUACAUAAUAAGAUGUUUGAAAAAGUAAUGCAAGCUCCCAUGAGAUUCUUUGAUGUUAAUCCAGCUGGUCGAGUCCUAAAUCGUUUCUCAAGAGAUUUGGCAUUUGUUGAUGAUGACAUGGCUAAUCAGCUACCAGCAUUUGUUAUGUGUGUCGGUGGAUCUUUGGCUGCUGUUGUUAUACCAAUUUUCACUGUCGUCUGGUCAAUCAUAGCUAUAGUGCCACUUGUGGCUCUACUUAUAUACUUUCUCCUCAGAGCAAAUCCAGUAAUAAGGGAUAUGAAGAGGUUAGAAGCGACUGCAAGGAGUCCAAUUUACACCCAUAUAUCUGAUACAAUAUCGGGCUUGUUAUCCAUUCGAGCGUUUAAAGAGCAAGACACUUUUAUGGGGAAAUUACAUGAUUUCUCAGAUAAUCAUACCAGGGCUUGGUAUUUAUAUAUUAACAGUCAAUUAUGGUUGGGAUUAAGACUAAACUGGCUUAUGGCAAUAUUUAUUAGCGUUGUUGCAAUUAUUAGCGUUCCAAUGUCUAAGUAUAUCGAUAUAUCUCUAAUUGGUGUAACUCUCAUGCACUCAUGCGCCAAUUUGGAUAAUUUUGAAUAUACAUUUAGGAGCGCUAAUGCUAUAGAAGUUAUUAUGACCUCAGUUGAACGUAUUUUACAUUAUACAAAACUGGAAACGGAAGGCAAAAAGACUUUAAUGGGUAAAUUAGAUAAAGAAAUAGAGAACGAGUGGCCAAAAGAUGGAUCUCUUGAAUUUAAAGACGUUUCUCUAAAAUAUAUCAAUAACGAGGAUUGUCCGAACGCGUUAAGUGACCUUAAUUUUGUAAUCCCACAUUCUCAAAAGGUUGGUGUUGUCGGAAGGACAGGAGCAGGGAAAAGCUCGCUAUUAUCUGCUCUUUUCCGUUUGGCAGAACCUAAUGGAUCAAUUCUUAUUGAUGGAGUUGAUAUCACAACGCUUCCUUUGCCACUUGCUCGUUUUCAGCUAUCUGUCAUACCUCAAGAUCCAUUUAUAUUCGCUGGAACAGUCCGAAGAAAUGUCGAUCCUUUAAAUAUGCACGAUGAUGACGAGCUGUGGGAUGUUCUUAGUAAAGUUCAAUUAAGACCUAAAGUAGAAGGAAUGGAAGGAUUUCUUGAGGCUCGUAUUACGGAAAGUGGUGGAAAUUUAAGUGUCGGAGAGCGACAGUUAAUUUGUUUGGCUCGUGCUCUAUUGAAAAAGUCUAAAAUUCUUGUACUGGAUGAGGCCACAGCAAACGUGGACGAUGAAACUGAUGCUAUCAUUCAAAAAGUUAUUCGCAAGCAUUUUGCUCACUCUACUCUUAUAACAAUUGCUCAUCGAUUAAACACAAUAAUGGACUAUGAUAAGAUCUUUGUUCUCGACUCUGGAAAGAUCGUCGAAAUGGGUGCACCUAGUGAUCUUUUACGAACGGAUGGCGUUUUUAAGCAAUUAGCCUCCAAAAUGCAUAGUUCAAAAUUGCAAACGGUACUCUGA